AUGGAGAAUGUUACAAUACAUCCAUUUCAUAAAGAAGACAAAAGAUUACUGCCUUUUUUAUUUCCUCCUGUCAUUUCAGUUAUUGAGUGUACUGGAUUUCCUAUGAAUGGUGGUAGAGUAAUUCAUCGAGCACGAUUUUCCUCUGUUAAUGAGAAAGAUAUUAUGAAGGCUAUGAACAACCUUGUUGCACCCAACAGAGAUGAGUCAUUAGCAGUAGAUGCUCGCCAAGAGAUAGAUUUGAAAGUUGGAGUUGCAUUUACAAGAUUUCAAACUAGUUAUUUCCAAGGGAAAUAUGGAAAUCUUGAUUCAAGAGUUGUCUCCUAUGGCCCAUGUCAAACUCCUACCCUUGGAUUUUGUGUCCAACGCUACCUGCAAAUUACAACAUUCAAGCCUGAAAAAUUUUGGGCUUUGCAUCCUUAUAUCAGACAUAGUGGGUAUGAACUUAAGCUGGAAUGGGAGCGUAACAGGUUGUUUGACUCAGAUGUUGCUGAGAUGUUUCAAAGGAUAGUAAUGGAGGAUGGACUUGUGGAAGUUGUUUCUGUAUCAGAAAAACAGGAGUGCAAAAGUCGUCCUUCUGGUCUUAAUACUGUGAAUCUUCUGAAGGUCAGAACAAAUAUGGAAUUGUAG